CAGCGCACAGGUGCCAUUCGGAAAGUGCGGACGUAGAAUGUUUGCCGGGGUUUCCAUAGUCAUUUUCACCUCUAAUUCCGGUGGCAAUUGUCUUGACGCAAGCGUUAAUAACGAGUUUAUCCGUGAUCUUGGCUUUACAACGGUUUCGAACACAAAUUCCCCAUUCCUUUAACUACCUACUUAGCUCUAUCUUUUCCCUUGUCACGCUUUCCUAUUCAUUCUGUUCCCUCAUAAAAUUUCUUCAUUCUUAUCCAAAACAUAAAUAUUUCGUCUUUGUUUUCUUAUCUCUAACUACUCUCUUACUUCUCCCUUCCUCUUAUUCUCUAGCUCUAUCUCAACCACAUCCUUCUUAAUUAUUCAUAUCUCCACUUAAGCAACUCUCUUAACUCCUUUCUACCCACUCUUUCGUAAGAUAAAUCCUCUCCCUUUUAACAGUCUCCCAAUCACUCUUCCUUUUGCACUUAUCCUCAUAUACUUAUUACAUCUCAUUUCGUAUUUACUUCAUUAUCUUUCCUUUUCAUUUGUUCUAACUUCAGUUGUCACCCUUCCUUUUCCCCCUUGCUAAACACCUUACCUAAGCUCCCCUUCCCUUCCCUUGCCUACCCCGCGAUCAUUGCCAUUAUCCAUGUGAGAUGAGUGCGUGCGACGGUUCGGGAACGGUUUCGCGAACGUCUGACGCCCCCGCUUUCCAAUUCGAUGUCAUGCCAAAGAUAACGACGCCGCCGUCGACGGUGACGCCUAUGCCAGCGUCGGCAGCGAGGGCGAAAACGUCGAAAACGACAGCUACAACUACAACGACAACGACGAGAACGGUUAAAAUUGAAAAUAAAUGGCCGGCGGCAGAGGCAACGGCGUUCAGUUAUCAGCGAGCAACGGAGCAGAUUGGAGCUGAAGCUAAAGCUAUAGCUACAGCCAGAGCUAGAGAAACGCCCACGCAGAAAGAGAAAACCGGAAUAAUAAACAAGAUCCACCACCACUGUCCUAAUCCAUGUGAAGAGCUAUCCAUUAACAAAUUGGCCCUUCGCAAGGCACAAUUGAAAGCCGCCUUCUUUGGCAGAAAAGACAACGAAAAGAGUACAACCUGCUGCAAUAGUACUUCCUAUCGGACCACUUACCGCACUAAAUACCCCAGGUGCAAAACAGAACCAGGCAAGCCGGUGCAACAGCUGAUCGAACAGUUUCAGGCCAUGAUUGUCCAGCAGCAACAGCAACAGCUUAACGAGAAGGAGCCAAAGACGCUGCCCGGAGCAACUGCAUCCAAUUCGGAUGAGGGUUGUAAUGUCACCGGCGGUGGUCUGUCACCCUAUAGCAGUGACAAUGAGGAUAAUACGUUAUCACCACGCCAGCGAAAACUGAAGGUUACACGCUGUGCCAGCAGUGAUUCCGCCUUGGGCUUGGAUGUGGACGAUGGCGGUAUGGAUGUAGUGAUGGUACCUCCACAACGCCGGAUGACUUUGACGGUUACGGAUUUACCUCUGCGACCAGCACUUCUACCACUGGCCGAACCCACAGCUCUGGCAGAUUCCCCACUAACAUCGCCCACCGGUAAUGCCAACUCCAGUGUGGGUGUGCCCACAAAAGUGCUCCUGGAGGAGCGAGUGGUGGCCGCCCCGGGAUCACGACGUGAAUCAACACAAAGUUCAUACAGUGAAUUGGGUGGCUUGCCUCUCGGAGUGCGAUAUGUUCGAACACCAUCUGUUGUGGUCAGUGACUAUUCGGAUGACAUAACCGCUUGCGGUAUUAGCAUGGAGGAGAUGGAGUACUUUCGCCUUCAGCGGGCGCGCGGUCAACGUCGCUGUUCCCUGGAAGCGGGACAUGGUCAUGGCGGAGGACAUGGAGGCCAUGGACACGGAGGAUCCGGAACGGCAGGAAUGUCGCCGGGAUGCGCCAAGGACGAAGGCCAGUCGGAUGUCAGUGCAGCAAGCAGUUGCAGCAACCUGUACUAUUGUGGUUCCACCAUAUCCGCCCUAGAUGGUGGCGAGUGCAUCGUGAAUGGUGUCCGUGUGGCGCUAGCCAGAAAGAGCAGCACCCAAAGUAGCAGUCUAAGUGGAGAGGAAGAGGAGGAGGAUAACGACGAUGAGGAUGAACGUGAUGCGGAGGAGGAUCGCGAUGUGGAGGACCUGCUGCAAGAGGAUUACGAGCGGGGGGUUCACGAACGCGAACGUGAGCGACAGAUCAGCGAACUUCUGGCCGCCACGCAGCUUGGCGAUCGUCAGCGGGAUCGAUCCAAGAAGGUAGGCGCCCGCAAUGACGUCACAAACCAGGGAAAUCUCAAACUAGACUAAAGAAUACGGGUUGCAAGAAGAAAGAGAGAGAAGAAAAAAAAAUACGGACAUGUCCCAAAGUGGAGAGGAGCCUUAGUAAAUUUAAUAUUAACCCUUAAUUUUUUUUUUUUGUUGUGUUUUUUUUCGAAAGCAUAAAAGAGCAGUGAAUGAGGGCAGGUCUGAAUGGCAGAUAAGCAAGUUGGUGCAUAUACACAGGGAGAAACGAGUGCUAAAUCAAUGAGAAAUCAAUGAGAAAUCCCAACCAAAAACAGUUUAAGUUUCCAAACAGUAAAGCCUUCUGCAUACUAUAAAUAUUUUUUAGAGCAGUAUUAUAUCUUAUAGUUUAUGAACUGCAAGACCAUUAUAACAGAAACCAUAAAAACAAAAAGAGGAAAAACCAAAAGAAAAAGACUAUAAUAAUAAGACUUAUACAAUAUACCUAUUAAAUAUAUUAAAUAGAUCCAAAAUCUUUGUAUUAUUCUUCUUAAAAAUUGCUAAAAAAAAAUUCAUCUUGUUCUAGAGAUGAUCUCUUCGGCCUUGAGAUCCUUUGGCAUUGCUUAAAGAUAUAUAUAUGGGUGAGGAAUUUUAAUCCCCUUUAAUCAGCUGACGUUUUUUCCCACCGUGUAUAUGCAGGUCUUAGUGCGAGUGUGUGCGUUUGCUUAAAAGGCUGUUAAUUAAUUUGAUUUUUAUCUUAUCACUAGAAUGAGGUUCUGUUGCUCGGAGAAGUCUUUUUGGUAUUCUUCGCUUUCCGUUCGCUAUUAUUAUUAUUAUUAUUUUGUUUUUUUCUUUUUUGUGUGUGUGAAUGAGAACGAUAUGGUGGUGAUGUUGAAAAAUAAGGGGUGCCUUGAUAAAAAGUAUAUACUUAUCAACCGAAAUACGAAAAAAGAAAACCUCGGUUCAUUCCCAAUUUUUUUUUUUUUUUUUAUCUAGAACUUUAACAACACAACGCCAGCGACAGCGAGCUUAUCUUAGUUAACUGUAUAUUGUAUUAUAGAUAAAUAUUAUGUACAUAUAUGUAUAUAUAAUAUAAGCCAGCACAUAUUUACCUUUAUAUAAUGACAUCUUUUUGUUGUUGUUGCUCUUGUUGUUAUGGCUAUCAACAGACGGCAAAAAGUUUGUAAACCAAAUAAAAGUAUUAGUAACCGAAUUUUCGGAGUCAUGAUAACGAUAAUAAAGCAAUCCACCUGGA